AAAGUUUCUGAUUUGUAGUUAAUCUUCAGAAAUACAGUAUAUAGUGUUUGGCCUAUUUCUUUUCUGGAACGUGGCUUGCCUGCCAAAAUUACGUGUGACUGGCUUUUUUAAAGUUUGUGGAUUUACUGUAUCAUUGCUAUUUUAGAUUUGUGGUAGUUAUAGCUUAACUACCCAAUACUUGCUAUAGUGCUUAAGAACUGUAUUACCAAAUUCCAGUAUACAUACACGAAGUGCUAUGGUUGUUGUAAAGAACACGGACCGAGAUCCGUAUCAGAUCUUAUAGAAUACCCUAUGCGAUGCGGUAAGAGCUGGAGAAAACAGGAGGCGUGGUAAAAGGGAACACACAGGUGUUUAAUAGCGCACAAAGUAAUAGUGACAAUCCGCGAGACAGUGAACGCGGAAGACAGAACGGCAUCCAAAUCCAAAUGGGUCCGAAGGCAGGUCAGGGCACAGUCCAAGAGUCCAUCAACGAAUAAUCCAUCCUGGGACGCAACAAGGAUGGAAAAUAGAAAAGACCAUCGUCCAAUUAUUUCUAAUUACAAAGGAUUUAAUUUUAUUUCCAAUGUGCAUGAUCAGAAACAUCUGGAUUCUCUAGAGACAUUUGAAAUCCGAGAAACUGAUGUUUUUGUCAUAACUUAUCCUAAAUCAGGCACUACAUGGUUUCAGUACCUCCUAUCUCUACUGUAUUACAGUAAUGAGGUAGAGGGAGAAGAUGCCAAAAUGACAAUUGAGGUUGUUCCCUGGAUUGAAGUACACAUGAAGAAACAAGACUACUGCAAGAAACCAUCCCCACGUUUGUUUGUGUCUCACCUACCCUACAAUCUAAUCCCCAACGGCCUGAAAGAAAAAGGAAAGGUUAUUUAUGUUGCCAGAAACCCCAAAGAUGUUGCUGUGUCGUUUUACCAUUUCCAUAAUUUUUCUAAUUUUCUGGAAAACCAGGAAAGCUUUGGGGAUUUUUUGAAUAAGUUUCUUCAUGGGAAUGUUUUUGGAAGCUCUUGGUUUGACCACAUUAAAGACUGGUACAGUCAUAAACAUGAGUUUGACUUCCUGUACAUCACAUAUGAGGAAAUGAACAAGGACUUGCGGAGUUCUGUACUCAAAAUCUCACACUUUCUUGACAAGAAGCUGGAUGAAAAAACAAUUGAUAUGAUUGUGGAAAAGGGCUCAUUCAAGAACAUGAAGAACAAUCCAGUUGCCAAUUCAGAGAGAUUAUCUUCCGAACAUUUUGAUCGUAGCAAAGGAUCCUUUCUUAGAAAAGGGAAAGUUGGGGACUGGAAGAAUUUGUUCACUGUGGCUCACAAUGAGAGGUUUGAUGAGUUCUACUGGAAGGCAAUGAAAGAUGUCCCUCUAGAUUUCAUUUGGGAUCCUUGUGAAUAGAGACACAUGUACUGUACUUCAGUCUGCUUUUUGUUUCUUCUGCAGAGUGAAAUAUAUUGAGUGUAUUGAAUGCUUUUAAUCAAACAGAAACUUUUGCAAAAUUCCAGUAACCUUCUCAAUAUACUAAUACAUACUUUAAGUAAUAAAGAAAUCAGUGACAAGUCGGGUGUUGGUUACAGGGCUAUAUUUCCUUAUAAUGGUGUUCACUGGUGUUUGUUAUUGACUAUAUAACUAACAGAACUGUUCCCAUAAAACAUGAAAAAAUGUUCAGUCAUCAUAAGAGGACUCACAAGCUUAAGAAGGAAUUGAAAAUAAAUUAUUUUCACCCAAACUAAUGUCAUAAACCAUAUGAAAAUAAGGACUAAUAUACAUUAUAUAAUUUGUUAACAUGACAGUUUGUAAACCUGUCAUGUUUGCAGGUGAUACCAAAUAAGUGGGAUCAGCAAGCACUAUAGAAUAAGCAAAUGAAAUUCAAAGAUUUAGAUUAAACUAGAUAGACCUGGUAGAUGAAAAAUAUGGUAUAUAGACAUUUGCAGAGUAUCGCACGUACAGUAUGUAGUAAAAUGUAAACUAUAAAUAUGAAAUGGGAAACACUGACAGAAGAAUCUACUUCUAAAAAAGUCUAGGUGGUAAUGUUGACAUCAUAUACAUCUUCUAGACAAUGUGAGGAAGCAAAUAAAUAAAAUGGCAAAAAAAUACUAUAUUCUUGGCACAUCUAUCCCAUUUUGAAUAAUAAUUUCAAAACAGCUUUUCCCAGUUCAGAGGAAUUAUACCACUUAGACUAGGAAUAAAGUAAAAACACCACAGUUUAUUUAAAGAUAAAAAUUCUUUAGAAUCUGUCAAAUAAGAAUCCAUAUUUACAAUAUCUACUGUAUAUCUUCAUACAUAGUAACUAAUUUUCUUCCUGUACACACUGUAGAUGUUAACUGAGCUUUAUUUUAAGGGACUUUCUCUGCACUUAUGUUUAUUUUUUAAGAAGAUUUUGAAAGAAGAAGUUGAACCUACAGUGGAAGUGGUUUGAGAACAAAAAGCUUUUGCUGCAUUACAGCCUUUGACCUCGUGGACCAAUAAACUGUCAAUUAAUGUGGUACCAAAGGUUAUAGCAAGUACAGACUAAGACUUUUUUUUUCGGUUCAGUUAAAUAAAUAAAAGUGUUGAAUAUUGUAAAACAU